AGAGGGUGAAGAGAGGAAGUCUCCAGUUGAUCUCAUCAGUGGGUUGACAAAGGGAGCUAGGGGUGAUCAUGUCAUCCAAUCCUGUGCAACAGGUCGAAGAUGUCUUCAUGAACAUGUUACCUUCCUCAGAUUCGCGUUCUCAUUCCACGGAAUUGAGCCGGAUAUCCACUGUGAAUUCUGGAGCCUAUCUUCUGGAGUUCCCUCAAAAUUGUCCCGAGGAUGUCAAGACGGGGAAUGAAGUCCCUUCCCCUUGGAAGGAAAAGGCCGAAGAUGAGAUCGCGGCAGUCCAGAUCCAGACCACUCCCAAGCGAUUCCUUAUUCUUGCACUUUUCAUCCUCAUUUCGAUGACGAACGCUUUCCAUUGGAUCGAGUAUUCCAUCAUCUCCAAUGUAGUAGAAGAUCAUUAUGGUGUGAGCAACGUGGCUGUGGAAUGGACUUCCAUGGUCUUCAUGGUCUCCUAUAUUCCUCUAAUUUUUCCAGCUACCUGGGCUCUGGAGACUUACGGCUUUAGACGAGUUGUUCUCUUGGGUGCUCUUGGAACCUUCCUUGGUUCCUGGGUCAAGUCUGGAAGUCUCUUUAACGAGUACCUCCCUGCUACGACACGUUGGAUUUUUGUUUUUGUCGGGCAAUGCAUAGUGGCCACUUCACAAGUCUUCACCCUGGGGAUCCCUUCUCACUUGGCCGCUACUUGGUUUCCGGCCAACGAAGUUUCUUCUGCUGCAUCCGCUGGAGUCUUCGGGAAUCAGUUGGGGAUCGCACUGGGAUUCUUGAUCCCUCCGAUCGUGGUACCAGUGUCAGAGAUCCGGUACGAGACGGAACUGGGUUUCCGCCAAUUGACCCUUGGCCAGGCUUUCCUCAUCUCUGCCAUUUUCUUCGCAUCCCUUUGGCUGUUAAGAGACCAGCCAGAGAACCCGCCGUCCAUCGCAGCUGCCCAGGCAAAGACGAGUCGAAGAAAGCUGAAAUAUCUCCCGUCUCUCUAUGCCCUGAUUUGUGACGUCAAUUAUGUCCUCCUCCUUAUCACAUACGGAAUGAAUGUUGGAGUCUUCUAUGCCAUCUCCACGCUCCUCAACCGGAUCAUUCUAUUUUAUUUUCCUGGAGCAGAGAAGGAGGCAGGACAAAUAGGUCUCACCAUCGUGAUCUUGGGCAUGGCUGGAUCCAUAUUUGCUGGCUGGAUACUGGAUAAAACGCAUGCUUUCAAGUACAUUCACUACCGUACUCUAAAGGCAGUGACUGUGAUCGUGUACAUCCUCUCCCUUGUGGGGAUGAUCUUGUUUUCUGGUGCUCUUCACUCUGAAUACCUGAGCUUUGUCUACGUUGCCUCCGCUCUUCUCGGGUUUUCCAUGACGGGAUACCUUCCCCUUGGCUUUGAAUUUGCGGUGGAGUUAACGUUCCCAGAGCCAGAAGGAACAACUUCCGGCCUUCUCAAUUGCUCUGCUCAAAUCUUUGGACUCCUCAUCACCAACGUCGCCUCCUCAGUGAGCCCACUGGAAAAAAUUCCUUCCUCUUCAGUACAUAGCAUGCGUUUCAAGUUAUGGUGUUCUUUUGCUCUGUUAGAUAUUGAGUUCGUCGGGACCGAUAAUGACAGCAAUCAUGUUAAACGGAAUCCUUGUGAUUGGUGCGAUCGCAUCAAUGUUCAUCGCUUCGAAUCUUCGGAGACAGGCUGCACAAAAGCAUCAGGCCCCUCUUCUUCACGGCGAUUCAAAGAGCUUCUCUUGAGGGGCGAAGAGCAUUUCGUCACUCCACGCUUUCAUCGUUUUGAUCCUUGA